GCUAUCUAUCUGCGUCGUAUCUGCGUUCCCGCUUCGUUCCGCGUUCUGUCUGCAGCGAAAUCCCGCGUCCGGUUAUCUUCUUUGGGAGUUUUUUUUAUUUGUUGUGUCAUUAAUGCGUUCCGUGUUCUGCGUUUGGUGUCUGGUGUACCAUUGUCGGUUUCUUCACGAUGGCUCUUCGCCCGCCGGAGCACCGUCUCAGUGCCGAUCGACUUUUCUGGACUGUGUUCACAGCACUGCAAAGCAAGUUGCACGACCAGAGGACAAAGCAGGCCCGCAUCUUUCAAGCUAUCAACCACUUAGAACAAGAAAGGGAGUAUGCUGAGCAGCGGUGCCGUCAGCUGAUUCUCGCCGCUGUGCUGUUUAGCGCACGCAAAAGGCAAAUAUGGAUGUAUCCGCGUGAAAAUUCGUGGUAUGAAGCAACAUUACCCCAGCUUCCAGAUAGCCAAUUCCGGGAGAACUUCCGAAUCAACCGAUGUACUUUCAAUUACAUCGUCAGCGUGUGUGAAAGCAUGAAGCGGCAAGACACAGUCAUGCGCAAAGCAAUUUCCUUGGACAAGCGUGUCGCGAUUGCCUUGUACCGGCUCGCCACCUCUGCGGAAGAUAGGACUGUGGCUAAUCUCUUUGGCGUGAGCCGCUCUUCGGUGAACCUCAUCUUCCGAGAGUUCUGUGAUGUGGUUGUACGGUGCUUAGAGGCGCGCUUAGUGCGACUUCCCCGCCCACAUGAAAUGAAGGAGCACCUGCGUCAGUUUGCAGCAAUCACCGGCUUCCCGCAAUGUGUGGGUGCCCUGGACGGUUGCCAUAUCGAGGUUUGCCCCCCUAAAGAGCUUGCAGCCGACUAUUAUAAUUACAAGGGGUGGUAUAGUUCGAUUCUUUUGGCUGUUGUGGACCACCGGUACAAAUUUAUGUAUGUCAAUGUGGGGUCACCUGGAAGGAACCACGACGCGGCAGUGUUCGAAAGGUCGCGACUGCCUAAAGUUUUGGCAAGUGAUCUGUUUCGACUAGAAGCAAAAAAUGUCGAAGGUGUUUUAGUGUGCCCUCUCCUUCUUGCUGAUCAAGCGUUUCCUCUGCAGCGCCACAUCAUGAAGCCGUUUCCUCGUGCCGGGCCAGUUGGUUCCCCAUCGCAAGCGUUCAACUACCGUCUCUCGAGUGCGAGAAGAGUUGUAGAGAAUGCGUUUGGUCGACUUAAAGCACGGUUUAGAAUCAUGCACAAGGGCCUCGAAGUAGAUAUUGACAAUGUCAAUCGCAUUAUUCGUGCAUGCUGUGUACUGCACAACAUAUGUGAAGAGCUCACAGAUCACUGCGAUAUCACCUGGAUCGAAGCUGUGCAGUGCCAAGACGCGGGUCGGCCGCAACCAGUGUGCAGAAGUCGCCGUGAAGAGCCACUCGGUGUCGCAGUUGGAGAUGCCCUUGCCAAGCACCUUGCUGCUCGCCAAGCUAGCUGAGCAUGCAGUUCUCGGUGCUUCUCAGGAUGAAGUUUAGAAUCUAUUUUGAACUGUUAUAGCGAUUGUUCAGCUUUAUCAUUAUUUUUCUUCAUUUUAAUAUCUUUCUUGUGCUUUCCCUUUAUGUUUUGUCACAAUGUAUUUCAGGUUUAUGCUCACUGAUCCUUCUUUUUUUUUGUGGAUAAAUUUUCACACCAACCUUCCCUGCCUUUUUGCUGUGAAUAUGUAGUGCACUAUUUUUACAUGAAAUUCUGUGUAAGCACAUGUAAAAGGCACAAUUCCACGUAUGAACAUGCGACUUUGCAGGAAUAAUAACUGUUUGAGAUUUCAAUUAAUUUGAGAUGGGAUGAGCCAGUACACAAACAAUUCUGAAUUGUAGGUGCAAUGUGCUGUAGCAAAACUGCAUUAAAACCUUGAACUGACCAGACCGCAAAGGGAACUGAACCUUCAAAUCUGCUUAAU